AUGGAUUUACUUUACUAUAGAAGCUCCUAUGAACUUGUGCAAUAUGGGCAUAUGCAUAUUCUGCACAUGAAGAAGCAGGUAAAAGUGGUUGAAAGGGGUUGUAUUAAAGUAAACAACGGGAAAGUAGCUAAUAUUUAAAUGAUUAAACUCGGUUUCAAACCGAGGGUGGUAAACUUUUCCAGAUCAAAGUCUGUUUUCAAGAAGAGGGGUAGCCUUUUUUUUUGUGUUUUCGAGUAGUAUUUGAGUGGCAUGCACUUCCUUUUCGACCCUUUCGACCCUUUCGACCCUUUCGACCCUUUUCAAUUCUAUGUUCGGGCUUCUGUCUUCGUUGUCGUUAUCGUUGCCGUUCUCGUUCUCGUUAUCGUUCCCGUCGUCGUCGCCGUCGGAUUCGUAAUCGUUCUUGUUCCCGUCGCCAUUCUAGACGGCGUUGUCGUUCUUGUUGUUCUCCUUCUCGAAUUUGUUGUAUUAAUCUUUCCCGUUGUUGGGCGCGUUCUCGUUCCUGUUCUUGCAUUACUCGCGCUUCCGAACAAGAAAGAAACUGAGGCGCCCAAAUCUCUCUGGCUGGAUUAUUGGAAAUGCCACGUUGGCAAUAUCUUGUAUAUGAGUUGA